AUGUCCUCUCCACCUCCUCAGCCCGGGCCGGGCCAGAUUCCCAUGCCCAUGCCUGGCCAGCGACCGACGCCCGAGCAGAUCCAGGCCAUGCAGCGCCAACUCGCCAUCGACGCCGAGAAGGCCGGCAUGACUGUGCCCGAGUUCAUUGAGCACAUCAAGAGGCAGGCGCAGGAGCAGAUGCGAAUGCGCGCCCAGCAACAGGCACAGCAAGGAGGCCACACUCACGGCCCCGAUUGCAACCAUGAUCACGACCAUGACCAUGACCACGGCCACGGCCACUCUCACCCACAACAGGGUCGCCCCCAGCCUAUCACUCCUGGACCUCCCAACCCCAAGGCCAUCGCUCUCGCCAAGUUCCUCCGAGGCCAGGAGCUCAAGCUUCGAACUGUCAUCUUGAAUGGCGAGCGCAAGGACAUGUUUCGAGUCAAGCGAGCGCUCCGAGCCCUGCAGUCCCCCGCGUACGAGAAGGCCCGGAAGAAGAACCCCCUUCUGCCUGAAAUCACCGACCGAGCUUCUCUCGAGAACACCUUCAAGCUGCUCCCCCUGAGCAUGCUCGCCCUGCGAGUCUCCAAGAUUGAACCCCAGGCUGGUCCUAACGGCAAGAAGCCCAAGCGUGUCAAGGGUCAGUGGACUGUCAAGAUCGAGCAGCAGCAAGAGGCCAAAGACGACAUGUACUACGUUUGGCUAUGGGAGGGUAGUCAGAUCAAGCGCCAAAUUUACGCUGGUCUGGCUCUUCUCGCCAUUUUCGCUAUCGUCCUGUACCCUCUUUGGCCGUUGGUACUUCGCCAGGGCGUCUACUACCUCAGCUGGGGUUUGCUGGGACUGCUCGGUUUGUUCUUUGUGAUGGCGAUCUUCCGUGUUAUUCUAUUCUGCAUUACCUAUUUCACCACACCUCCCGGUCUGUGGCUCUUCCCCAACCUUUGGGAAGACGUCUCGUUUGUGGACAGUUUCAAGCCUGUGUGGGCUUGGCAUGAGACGGAAAAGAAGAAGAAGAAGAAGAAGUCGGCGGCAGCUGCUCCCGGAACCAGCCCCAACCCUGCCUUCGCUGCUGCUACAGGACAAGUUGCGCCUACAAGCGCGACGACGACAGGCACAGAUACCCAAGUCAAGACUGGUGUACACCAACGGCACUACGAGGCGCCAAAGGUCGAGGAGCUGGCGGACGACGAGUAG